GGAGGCGCAUGCUGAAUCUCGUCUCUGCUCACAAGUGAACUCAGGUAACACGCUCACUUUGGAUCAGCGAAUUUGCAGCUAUGGACGUCAACAGGAAGUCAAAAUUACGAGAUGACCUUGCCGGUGACGCUUGGAGUUUUGGGAGCAAUUACCACCAAUCCAGUCAAUCUAGAAAGAUGUCCAUUGGAAUUGUAAUAGAUUCAGUUUCAAAAUGCAGAACUCAAAAAGUAAAGCAAGCUGAAGAUCAGACUCACUUGGCAGCAGUUAAAACUUCUAGCAAAGAGAUAUCUGUUGACGAUGGGACACCAAUGGCUCAGAAAACUUCAAGCAAGGGGAAUUUUACAAAUGACAGAAACAAGAAGGAAAUAGCGAGCACUUCUGCUAUCAGAAAUCAAAGAGAGCCCACAGAGAAGCAGACAUCUCCUUGGAUAUCCACUAAAACCCUCCACCAUGAACCAACUUCAGAGGCAGAUACUCAAGUAGAGAAACCUUCAAUUGCACAGGGUGUAGUUGAGAUGUGCAACACAUCACACAGAGUGGAGGUAGGACCAGCAGAGUGUUCCUUAAGGUCUUUCUUAACCCAGACAAGGACUUUGCAGUUUGACAUAUCCAAGCAGGUAAAGGAGGAUGCUUCUAUAGAGAGAAGGGGGAAAUAUGCAUCCAAGGUUGCUCUGGAAGACAUGCCUGAGAAAGAAGUCAAAGGAAAAACUACCAAAGCAGAAAAUACAGGCAAUGCAUCUUUAAGAUUGAAGCUUCAGGAAAUCUUAGGAACUGUUUCUUCCCCAACCAAGCAGUGUCCAAAUUCUCUAGUUCUCGAGCAGGGUGCAAAAGCCUCGAAACCAGAGCAAAAAACCAGUGGAAAUCAUGUUGGUGAACCUAAGCAAAAUUCAGAUACUAUAGAAAGUGAUACCCAAAGUCAUGAGUACGCUAUUAGGAGACCAACUACUCGUUCUUUAGCUCGAAAAAGAGCUCCUGCUAAGUUGAAAUCACAAAAUAGAAAGGGACCACCAGCAUGUAAAGAGGACCACUUAGAGAAAAAUGUCUUCCUUCCUAAAGAUCUGCUGUCUAGGACGUUACGUGAUGCUAGCACUGGUAGUCCUUUGAUGGUAUAUGGAAGGAGAGGCAAGAGGAAGAGUCACCACAUGGAAGCACCUAAGGUUUGCGAGCCGAACAAUGAAAUGAAAGAUGAAGACACAAGAAAUAAUUGUAAAAGAGUACCAGUUCCUGAGAAAUUUGUAUAUCCUGGUGAUGGCUCUACUUUAUUUCAGGAGAAAAAUGACGAGAUGGUCCAACCAGAUGCUGGUAACCUAGAAUCCCCUGUUGUGGAAAUGAAUGAGCAGCUGAGAAAUCUACAAGAGCAUAUAGAUCAGAAAGGAAACUCAGCAGAAAAAUUCAAGAAGAAAGCAUUGGACUCGGAGUCUGACAACCAAAGCCCAGUUUUUUCUUUGAAAACACCUGGCAGAAAAUCUUUUCCAGGAUUUGCACCAAGAAGCAAUCUGGGGCAACUGCAUGGUGAUGAUCAUAUAGAUAUAACAUCAAAAACUGAGGGCAUUUGUAAGGUCAAGAGCUUUGAUGGAUUUAGACGAGAAUAUAAGUCCAAUACACCCGAUGAAUCAUCAGAUGAUGCAGGAAAUUUGGAAAAUUCUCCUUUUCUGGAAUCAAGACGUAUCAUUGAAGAAGAUACACAGAUUAAGUUUUCCAAACCAUCAUCCAUGGAAAGUGAUCCCGAGGACUCUGAAGACAGUUCAAAUAUUCAAGCUGAUAUACAGCAACCACCGUCUCCUGAAAUUUGUAAUACCGGGGAACAACCUCCUCGACCAAACAAAAAGCUCUUCAACAAAGGUUGUGCUAAUCUUUCUGGAGUUAGUCUUGCUGCAGCUUCUUCUAAAGGAAUUGAUUGUAGGAAGUUUGAAAGGCAUUUAGAACAGAAUGAAGAGGAUGUGCUAACUAGUGCCAUCACCUUAUUCGCUUUCUCAUUAGAGAAAGUUAGAACCAAACUGAAGUCUGUGACUAACCAAAGAUCUGCUGAGAUCCUGAACUCAGUUGCUGAGAAAAUACAUAUGCAGUUGCAGAAUGCUGAAUUUCAGAUUCAAGCAGACAUGGGGAGAAUAACCAGUCUGAAUAAAUCAAAGAGAAAGCAUGUAGAAGAAGUGCUGCAAGAGAAACAACAACAUCUGAGUGCCAUAUACGAACGAUUUAAAGAAGAGGUCACUCGGCAUCUCCAGGAUUGCAAGAGCACACUUGAAUCUCUAGAAGCACAUGAAGUCGAAGUGAAAGCAACUGUGGAAAAGAGAAAAACAUCAAAUAAGAAGCUACUUUUGGAAGUGGAAGAAUCAAUUGAGACUCAACUUGACAAUGCUGAAAGAAGGGUUUCUUCGGUCCACCAUGCGGCAAGGGAGAAGAUGCGUCAGCUGAAAUUUGUGGUUGCUGAAUGUUUAAAAGAGGGUGUUCUUGGUUGAUGAUCUCAACGUCUCAUGGAUUUUCAGAAGAACGUUAUAGGCAUAUGUCCCGAAAGCGUGGCUAUUACAUUAUUUUCCAGGAGUGAAUUGCUUCUCUUUUUUCUUUUUGGGGCUUCUGUAGUCUAUUUUAACUUUAGUUCACUAGCUAGUACUACAGUAGAUGCUCUUAUCAACAUUCUUACAGAAACACAAUUCCUCGAAUCCUUUUAUGUAGCCUGUGUGACAAAAUUAGAAAUUGUGCUGAUUAUGUUGGGUUUCAAGCGUCUGAUAAUA